UACAGUACAGUGAUCUUUGAGCGCUCUCUAUUUUCCCAUGCUCAAAAAGAAGAAAAAGAAAUACAGCAGAUUUGGGAUUAACAAUGAAGGCAACCAAUAUCAUGCAAGUUUUCUCUUUUUUCACUCUUCUCUCAGCAGGUCUGUGUGAGAGACACCAUAAAGUUUACAAGCUGAAAAUGGACGAGGCAUUGCUAAUAUUCCAUAACGAACUUCCGUACAUCGUUAGUGUUUACUACACCUCAGAUUACUGUUAUAAGUGUCUUUAUCAGCCCCUUGCCACAGUUGGGAAUGGGCAGAGCAAUAUUUCUGUGGUGGUGAGCACACAAUUCACACUGACUCUAAAAAUCAUACCUGUUGAUGGAAACGACACUCUAUGCAGUCUGAGUCAGACAUUUGAGGAAGCUGGCCAUUAUUCUCUCUGGAUGAGGUCUGGAUUGCUAAAUGAUGUAACCUGUUCUCUCACUGUGGAUAGGAGCCCGAACAACGCAUACCUGCCGCUGUUAGCGGCAUUCUUGAUUCUGGCUUCUAUCACUGCAUUUUGGGCCUCUUUGCCUUAUAUACUCAGAUGCAGCUGUACACAGAGGCUAAAGAACCGUAUCUGCCAUCGCGGAUCUCUAAACUCCAUAGAUCUGGAUGAGGCGAAUAAUGAACAUUCUGUGGACAAAAUCAAAUCAAAGUCAUCAAGGCUGAAGUCACUGGACACAUUUCGAGGAUUCUCUCUAACGGUUAUGGUAUUUGUGAACUAUGGUGGAGGUGGUUACUGGUUUUUCCAACAUGCACCUUGGAAUGGUCUCACAGUAGCUGAUCUUGUGAUGCCUUGGUUUGUGUUCAUCAUAGGUACUUCUGUAGUGCUAGCAUUCACCUCGAUGCAUAGGAAAGGUGUUCCAUGGCUACAGCUCCUUCGCAAGAUUACAUGGAGAACCAUCAUCCUGAUGCUCAUUGGUUUCUGCUUCAUGAACUACAGCCCAAGAGAUGGAUAUUUAUCCUGGUCCUGGCUACGGAUACCCGGAGUGCUCCAGCGUUUGGGUUUCACCUAUUCUGUCCUGGCACUGAUGCAGACAUUCUCUCCCCACAGAGAGAUCCCCUUGAGGGAGCAUAACUGGUGGAAACCCAUUCAAGAUUUGGUUUUAUACUGGCCUGAGUGGAUCUUCAUUGUGUUGCUGGAGACCAUGUGGCUGUGUCUCACUUUCUUACUGCCUGUUCCAAACUGCCCCAUUGGUUAUUUAGGAGCUGGUGGUAUUGGAGAUGAUGGUUUACACCCCAACUGCACAGGAGGAGCAGCCGCGUAUAUAGACAGGUGGUUAUUUGGGGACAACAUCUUCUGGUAUCCAACAUGCAAGGUCUUGUAUCGUACAACCGAGCCUUUCGACCCAGAGGGUGUUCUGGGUACAAUUAAUUCCAUAGUCAUGGGAUUCUUUGGCAUGCAGGCUGGAAAGAUUCUUCUGUUUUUUCGUAAGAAGAAUAAAAGUAUCCUGGCUCGAUUCCUGAUUUGGGCCCUCAUCCUGGGAAUCUCUGCAGCCAUCCUUUCUAAGUGCACAAGAGACGAAGGAUUUAUACCUGUCAAUAAAAACCUUUGGUCCCUGUCAUUUGUUACUUGCAUGGGCUGCAUGUCCUUUGUGUUGCUGGGUCUGAUGUAUUUUGUUGUAGACAUUAAGGAAUGGUGGGCCGGACAACCUUUCAUUUAUCCUGGAAUGAACUCUAUAUUUGUCUACGUUGGACACUCUCUGCUGGGAUUUUACUUUCCUUUCAGCUGGGAGAUGCGUUUUCAGGACAGUCACUGGGAACAGCUUUUCCAGAAUAUAUGGGGAACCGCACUUUGGGUCUUCAUUGCCUACCUGCUCUAUCGCAAAAAAUUAUUUCUCAAAAUCUGAUGCUGCUGUGAUGGUAUUUUUUUUUUUGUCUCAUAAAAGUCCUUGUAUUUCUCUUUAAUUUAAAUUACAGGCUAAAAUAAAGUUUUAAUUAUUAAAUAAGUGCAACAUUGUGUUUAGGAUCCAAAAUAAUUGAUAUUGAUGUUUUUGUGAGUGAUAAAUGUCUUUUUCGUGUUUGUAAAACUGAAUUUGGUGUAUUCAUCAAUUAGUUAAUAGGCAUAAGAACCGACACCAGAGGAUCAGAUUUACUGUCUUCCAUGGACACCUGCAGUGUUUUAUUUGAUGUCAGUUGUGUUAAGACCUGAACAUAGUGAUUAAAUCAAAUUCACUGAAGUGGUACUUAACAAAUUAGAACAAGUGAUUCCACCACUUGAGGGGUAGCCAUUAUAUAUCGGUUGCCAUGGACACCCCCCUCAGGGCUGUGAGACAGAGACUGGGUACCAUCUGCUCUUCAACUGACAGACCUUUAAUAGGGGUCAAGCUGGACGGCUCACUGAGGAGUGUUUCUGGGGCCAGUACUUUUCAUGCUCACACUAAUGCAAAAUCAGUGAAAUUACACCAGCAGAUCUCCUUCAUACGGAAAUUACUGCAUAACACAAAAACCUGAUGUUUUCUGUCAAGUCAUAUUCAUGAGAUCGAAUAAAGUCCUCUGGAAGCUCUGUGGCAGUGGUUUGCGGCUGGUUUUGAAUUGAGAUAUUCAUUUUAGUGGAAAACCAAGAUUUGUUAAUAGUGAAAAAUUCCGAAAAGAACCUGAUGUCAUAAAGGAGUAGGUCCCCUUAAAAUUGAAAUUCUGUCAUCAUGUACUCAUCCUCAUGCCCUUCCAAACACAAACGUCCCAGUUAGAGGGCGUCCCAUCCUCAA